AUCACACAGCUGAAAUAUUUUAUUAUUAUUUUUUUUUUUUUACAACAUUUUUAGAGUGUAGUGUAUUUUUCAAUUAUUUCUAAACUCAAUUUUUUUUCAAGAAGAAAUAGUUGAAGACGUGGGUGGCACAAUGGCAUCGAAUGCUGGUAGCAACAGGAGCAAGGGCAGCAAGAACAAGCGCGACAUUGGCCAAGCAAAUAGCUGCGAAGCCAACGAGCAGGAGAAUCGCGUUGAGAAGGUGCCAGAGGCCGUAGGUGCUGAUGGGCAGCAGGAAGCGAAUGUCACUGAUCAGACCGGCACCCAGACAGAGCAGCAGCCGGAGCAUGUGAAGGUGCCCAAGAAGAAACCGAAGCGCGGCAAGGCCGGCAGGAAGGCGCGCGUGCGUGGCAAGAAGGAACUGAAGAAAAGCGUCAUACGGCGCAUGUGCCGCAUUCCGUCGGAGGACGGCAGCCGGGUGGACAAUCGCGAUGCCGAGAUCAUGUACACCAACUCGCAGUUCGGCCAGUCGACACAAGCGUGCAAUCGUUCCUCGUGUCAAGUAUGCGCACUGGCACCGCGUCGUCGCAUCAGGAUCAGGGCCCUGGCCACCGCUGCGGCCAAGGCCAAGUCCAAGACGAAGCGCUUGAUGCCCUUGGCCAAGCGUCGGACAACUGCCAAGGUGGGCCGUCCGCGCAAGUCUGCAUCGGCUCGCCAGGCUGCAUCGUCUCGCCAAGCUGCAUCGGCGCGCAAGGCUGCAUCUUCUCGCAAGUCGGCAUCGGUUCGGCCCUCGGGUGCUGGGUCCAUAUCUAAUUUGGAUCCCGCAUGCCCAGUGUCUUUGACAGGCCCCCAGGGGGUGGGCCCCACUCGUCAGUGCCUGUGCACCGAGCUGAACGGCCAGGUCUACAAGCUGAUGGACCUGCCAGCCAGCAUUGACUGCAGCAGCGCCUUGAUGUUCUCCUUGCGUCGCCAGCAACUGAUGCGCCAGUCGAAGCCUCGACUUAACACCAAACGCCAAGUUGGCAAACAUCCCACCAGUAGCCAAAAGCUCAGCAAGCAAGACCCUAACUAAGCCCAACAAAAUAUAUCCACGAGUUUAUUUCAUGCUAAAUAUUUCGAAAGUAUAGUAUGGCCUGAUAUGGAUAUUUGUAUUAAGCAUUUCAUACUUUUGUACUGAUUUCAAGAUAUGUUGAAUAAAUUCCACCUAACAGGUCAACAAAGCAAAACAAAA